AUGAGCACAUAUGCAUACUUGUUGUCCAUUAAUGAAUUGAACCUGGUGUUGGUGAUCUACACACACCGCGGAAGUAGUGAUGACUUGUGCUAUGAAGUCGGCGUAGACUACGAGAAGGAGCCGCCGGUAGAGCCGCAGGAAACGCCGCAAUCGCCGGUCUCUCCCAGAAUCGGACAACGGGUUCGACGCGAGCGGACCCUAUCGUUGUCCAAAUCGGCGAAAUCGGCCACAAAGACGGACACAGUAUUGCGAACGAGACAGAGAACUAUCUACACGUCUGGCCGCCCGCCGUGGUAUGACACUCACGGACAGUCCAUCGACUGCUUUGUUAUCGGCAUAUGCGGCGGAAGCGCUUCGGGAAAGACCACUGUUAGCCAAAAGAUAAUCGAGGCGUUGGACGUGCCGUGGGUUACGCUCCUCUGUCUCGACAGCUUUUACAAAGUAUUAAACGAAGAGCAGCACCGGUUGGCGCAUAACAACUCGUACAACUUCGACCACCCUGAUGCUUUCGACUUCGACCUCCUCAUCGAGACACUGCGCAAACUGAAAGAAGGCAAACGAGUGGACGUUCCCGUCUAUAACUUUGUCACACAUUCACGAGAGAAACAAACCAAGACUAUGUACGGCGCGAAUGUCAUCAUUUGCGAUGGAAUACUGAUAUUCGCCAACAAGACGUUGGUUGAUAUGAUGGACAUGAAAGUGUUCAUCGACACCGACUCCGACAUACGGCUGGCCAGACGUUUGCGGCGCGACAUCACGGAUAGGGGUCGCGAUUUGGAGGGUGUCAUCAAACAGUACAAUCAGUUCGUGAAACCCAUGUUUGACUUUUACAUACUUCCGUCUAUGAUUCACGCGGACCUGAUUGUGCCGCGAGGGGGCGAGAAUCAGGUGGCCAUCGACCUGAUCGUACAGCACGUCCACACACAGCUCCAGUCAAAGGGACUCAAACUCAGAUCUAAGCUAAUUAAGAGCCACACCGACCAACCGCUGCCGCGGUCACUGAAAUUAGUUCCGCUAACGCCUCAAAUCAAAGGAAUGCAUACAUUCAUCAGGAAUUGCGAGACAACGAGAGAUGACUUUAUAUUUUAUUCAAAACGAUUGAUACGUUUAUUGAUUGAAUUUGCGCUCUCCUUAUUGCCAUUUAAAGACGUAAUCGUGGAAACGCCGCAAAACGUGACGUAUAACGGGAAGCGAAUCAACUGUCAAAAGAUCUGCGGGGUAUCCAUAUUGAGGGCCGGAGAGACAAUGGAACAGUCAUUAUGUGAUGUUCUCAAAGAUGUCAGAAUCGGAAAGAUUUUGAUUCAGACAAACAGAGCCACCGAUGAGCCAGAAUUAUAUUACUUGCGAUUACCGAAAGAUAUAAAGGACUAUAAAGUGAUGCUAAUGGACGCUACGGUGGCGUCGGGUGCGGCCGCUAUGAUGGCUAUUCGGGUACUUCUUGACCACGACGUGCCCGAAGAGAACAUAUUCCUACUGUCGCUGUUGAUGGCGGUGUCGGGCGUCCACUCCAUUGCCUACGCUUUCCCAAAAGUCCAUAUCGUGACCACUCAAGUGGAUCCCGAAGUCAGCGACAAGUUCUAUAUAAUACCCGGAAUUGGCAAUUAUGGCGACCGCUUUUUUGGUACAGAAGUCGAGUAAUUUUAAUGAUUAUUUUAUUUUAUACUUCAAACAAAACCUUUUCAUCGGAUACA